AUGAAUCCUAGUACCCUAUUGGAAAACAGUGAAGAAAACCCUGAGGAAAAUAGUACAGGAUGUGAACUUGCUGUUGACCCUCAAAUCAAUGAUGACCAUCUGCUGCCAUCAGCAAGCAUUACGGGUGCAAGCUCUGCUUCAAAUAACAGGAAGUCUUCUUCUAGUAGUGACUCGUCCUCUAGUAGUGACUCGUCUUCUAGCAGUGAAUCAUCUUCUAGCAGUGACUCAGAAACUGAAGAUAUUGACACAGAUGAUUCCGUGAAAGAUAAGGACUAUAUCCCAAGCAAAGAGGAAGAAGAGAGUUUUAACCUUGAAGAGAAGGACGCAGUUGAUAAAAUUCCUGUACUAGUUAGUCCGCAAAAGGGACGUAAACGUAAACAGCACCUGAGUCAAUGGAAGAAACAUAAAGCGAAAAAAUUAAGAAACUCUGGAAAGGCUUAUAUAAGCAAAAAUAAGAAAAUAAGACCAGAAAGGAAAAUGAAACUGCCAUGUGGAAAUAAAUGUCGAAUUAAAUGUUCAGAACAGAUAAAUGAAGAAAGGCAAAAACUCUUUGACUCUUAUUGGGCAUUAGGAGACAUUGCUCAACAGUGGCAGUUCAUUUCAAACUGCAUUAAAACUGUUAGACCUAAAUACAGGUAUAUUCGUGAGGGAGGCAACCGUCAACCUAGGAACAAUAACAGUUCCUUUCACUUCAUGGUUGGUCAGAAUGAAAUUCGUGUUUGCAAACUUUUUUUCAAGAACACACUUGAUAUCAAUGACCGGCCAAUAAGAACAGCUUUAGCAAAGCAAAGCAGAGUUGCUAAUGUUCUUAUGGAACCUGAUAAGAGAGGCCAACAUGGUAAUCAAGUAACUGUUGAUCCUGAAAUUAGGAAAGGCGUCAAGGCACAUAUUGAGUCUAUCCCUCAGAUAGAGUCACUAUACGAGAGCUACAUCAAGUAGGACAUUCAUAUGCGGCUCUAAAACAAUUGCAGAAAUUCACCGCGAUUAUGUUGAGAAGUCCAAACAACAAAAGGUACCUUAUGCCAAUUACACUCUGUUUUAUCGCAUUUUUACCACAGAGUAUAAUAUUUCUUUUUUUGUUCCUAAAAAGGACCAAUGCGAUGUUUGUUCAUCUUAUCAUAAUGCGGAGGAUGAAGAGAAAGAGCGCCUUCAAGGAAGCUAUGAAAAUCACCACAAAGAAAAAGACAUGUCAAGAAAUGAAAAACAUAAAGAUAAAACUGAGAGUGAUGCAGUUGUUGCUGUUUAUGACCUUCAGGCUGUAAUGCAGAUACCAAAAGGGGACAUUUCAGUUUUUUAUUACAAGUCAAAGCUGAAUGUUUUAAAUUUUACUAUUUACAAUGCUAAAACAAACUCAUGUAAUUGCUAUGUCUGGAAUGAAACUAAUGGCCAACGUGGGGUUAAUGAAAUUGGGACCUGUGUUCUCGAUUACAUUAAAACCUUGUGUGAGGCAGGAGAAACUGACAUAAUUUUUUACUCAGAUAACUGUUCUGGCCAACAGAAAAAUAAGUUCAUGAUGGCACUUUACCUUUAUGCAGUAAACAACUUACCAAAUAUAACUUCAAUAACACACAAGUUUCUAAUAAAAGGGCAUACCCAAAAUGAGGGUGACUCUGCCCAUUCCCUAAUUGAAAGAGAAGUAAAGAGAAUUUUAAAAAGUGGACCCAUUUAUGUGCCGGAAACUUACGUAACGGCAAUUCGAACUGCUAGAAAGAAAGGACAGCCUUUCGUAGUAAAAGAGCUUUGUUACAAAGAUUUCUUGAACAUCAAGUCUCUAGCUACUGAAAUGGGACCUAUCAAUUGCAAGACUCUUCAACUCUCUGAUGUUAAAGUAAUGAAAUUUGAAAAGCAGUCACCACUGUCAGUUUUUUGUAAACAUUCCUAUGGUUCAGACUAUAAGGAGCUUAAAAUUUUGAAAAACUCAAAUAAAGCCACCUCCAUUAAUGACUUAUUGCCAUGUUACUCCAGCAAACUUACAUUGCCUGCUAACAAGAAAAAAGACUUGAUGGACCUUUGUAAUAAAAAUCUGAUUCCACGAUGCCAUCAUAAAUUUUAUGAAGACCUGUAAAUGAAAUCAAUCUUAAUGAAAUGAGUUAAAAUACAAAUUUAGUAUGCCUAUUACGAUAUUAAGUUUUGUUGUAUGCUAAUUCAUUAGGUACAUAUUAUUUGAAUGGAAUAUUAAAUAGAUGUUUAUUUUAUAAUGUUUUUUUAUUUUUUAUUAUACAGUCCA